AUGAAGGUGCUAAGUGCUGUUGCAGCCCUGUCUCUGGCCGUGGCCGAUGUGUCAGGACACUACAUCUUCCAGCAGCUUGGUGUCGGGUCCCAGAAAUUCGGCGUGUACGAGCACAUUCGGAAAAACACCAACUACAACUCCCCGGUGACCAGUUUGUCCUCCAACGACUUGCGAUGCAACGUGGGCGGGAACUCGGGUGCCAGCACCACCACUGCAAACGUAAAGGCCGGGGACUCGGUCACGUUCUACUCUGAUACUGCCGUCUACCACCAGGGGCCCAUCUCUCUCUACAUGUCGAGAGCGCCCGGCUCGGUCAGCGACUACGAUGGCUCUGGAGAGUGGUUCAAGAUCUACGAUUGGGGCCCGACUUUCAACGGCGGCCAGGCCUCCUGGCCGAUGCGGAACUCCUACCAGAUCCAAUCGCUCGCAAUUCAUAACCCCGGCGGCGUUCCGCAGUUUUACGUCAGUUGCGCCCAGAUCAAUGUGACGGGCGGCGGCAAUGCAAGCCCAAAUCCAACUGCGAGAAUCCCUGGCGCCUUCAAGGCCACUGACCCCGGUUACACUGCCAACAUCUACAACAACUUCAAGUCGUACACAGUCCCGGGACCGGCGGCGUUCAAGUGUUAA